AUGAGCGGUGCUGAAAAUCGCCGUCAAUCAAACGUAUCUUCGUCCGGCUCGUCCGGAGGGAACCCAGUUCGCCGGGGCUAUUCCCGUACAUCGUCUGCUGAUUCCAUAUUUGAGGAUGCAUCCAUUAAAGCCAAUCACUUGUUCGCACGCUUAGAUGAAGAACGCAAAGGUUACCUGGAUGUGAGCAUGCUAGCUAAAGCGUGUGAAUCGCGUCUCAACGAGUCCCAAUUGUCCGAAUUGAUCAAACAGAUGGAUCACGACGGUGACGGUCGAGUAAAUGUGGACGAUUUUCGUCGAUGCCUGAAAAGCAUCGCUCGUCGGAAUAGUGUGAUUCGUGCUUCGCUUCGAGCUACUACAACCGCGGCACGUCCGCCAGUCACUGCACAAAACAGUAAUUCGAGCACAUCCUCGGACUCUAAUCGUAGCCGACUAAAUUCAGAUGAUGCCACUAGCUCGGAAGUGGAGGAACGAGGCACGUUAUCCAAAGCUAUUCGUCGUACCUCUGGGGUGUUUAAACCGAUUCGAUCGCGAGAACGAAACAAAGAUCGUUUGAUCAGCAGGCUAACUUCAAAUGUAUCACAAUGUCGACACUCCUCUGGUGGGCUUCGACAGCUUAGUACUUCAGUGCCCGAAUUAAACAGCGUGGACGACUGCCUUGGAGCUUUGCAAUGUCAAGAACACAUUUACGAACUGUACCACCUGUUACUGUCGGAGAACCCAAGUCUGUCGCGUAUGUAUGAGUCCGUUCUGGGGGAUAUUGUGGAUUUCAUUCAGAAAAGCAAGCUCGCACAGGCUCGUAUUGAGCAGCAAAUUGAAAGUGAGCGUUCACAGCACAAAGCUGACAUGCUACGAUUGUCGGAAGAACUCGAUCAGCAGGUCCAGAUGGCCGAAGAAACCGCAAGGAUUCGAGAGCGUGAACUGGCCUUGGCUGAGUUUCAGUCGCAACUUGAAGCGAGAUCGGAAAAAAUAAAACAACUGGUAGAAAGAUUGAAACAACUGGAGGAGCGAAAGGCGUUCUGGAUCAUUAGAAUCGCUUCCACAUUCCUGGCAGACCCGGAGGUAGAGAAAUCUGUACUGCAUGGUGGUCAUCCAGACAUCGCUGGCAGGUUUGGUAAUGUAUAUAUGGCUCUGCCACUCCGACAACAAAAUAACCUGGCCACUGAUGUGGUGCAGAGUCAAGAACUAAUCGAUUCCCGCUUGGAAAACCUUCAGAACGAGGUCAGACAGCUUCGAUUUGAGAAAACUCGCUUAGAAGACAUUCUAACUAGUACACGGUCACAGUUGUACCAGACCAGAACAGAGCUGGCCACAAUGCGUCAAACGUUCAAUGAGAAAUCCCGUGAACUGGACAACCACAUUGCAACGUUUGUCGAGGUCGUGAAAGAAAAUGCCAAUUUGAAACGCCAGUUAUGCUUGCUACAAGAGGUGAAUCGAGAACUGUGCGACGCAAACGAUGGAUUGUGUGCGGUUCUGGAGAGCAGUGGCGAAGAGGUGACCAAUUGCUCCAAUCUACGCGAGGCAAACACGGCCUGUGCCUUGAUUUUCUCCAAUUUUCGUCAACUGCUAACAGAAUAUCAAAGCCCACUGCCGAUGGAGCACGCACAUCACUUGAUCUCUGAGGAAAUGAUCGAAUCUGCAGCAAAAGUGAGACGAAGUAACUCGGUACCGUGCCCGGAGAGCAGACUGCAGAAUCAAGUGAACAUUAGUGAACAGCCAGUAUUGAUGAAAUCACCACCUCCUUUCGUUCGAUCCAAACGUCGUGUCCCGGUUUCGUUGACCAGCAAACAACAACAGCCGAAGAGCCUGGACUGUUCAAGUUUGUUACCCGAAACGGGACUGGAAUCACUUCACGAAGAUAGCGGUUUAUCAAGUCUUCGAGAUGCGCCAGAAUUCGAGUCCGAGAUGGAAGUGGAUUCACCGGUUGGUCUCAUUCACUGUUCGAAAGUUGUGAAACUUGCUCGCACUGACGAGAAACACGCUGAACAUGUUGAUGUGGCUAACAGUGCAAUCGUGGGAAUCAAUUUAACUCCCGCCGAGGAUACUGUCUCCUCAUUCUCCGCAAACAGCUCACUAGUGAGGACUUCGUCAACACCACGGGUCGCCCGUAGACGACUGGCUGUACCGACCACACUCAACACGAAAUCACCAUCUUCGGUGACUGUGGGCACUUCAACACCGGAGUAUCCAAUGAGUUUCACCGGUACAAUGGAUGAAAAAAUGCGCAUAUUCCGCGUGAUGUUAGCUGGCGAUUCGGAUGUGGGAAAAACUUCAUUUCUUAUUCGGUUAUGUGAUAAUGUAUUCACUGGGACUUCUGUUUCCACAAUCGGUAUCGAUAUGAAGAUGCGUUCUAUGGAGGUGGACGGACGAUCAGCAAUGCUGCAGCUGUGGGACACUGCUGGACAGGAGAGAGAGAAGCAGAAUGUAUUGGAAAUGCUGAAACAGCCAGAUGCAGCUCAGAGCUCCGUAGCCAAAUCACUUGGAAUUUCACAAAACUCUGUCUAUAGUGUUGUAUCCCAUCGUAUCGUGAAAUUUUUGAACGCUGGAGCAUCUGAGGAAAGAUGCCACCUGAAAGCCAACGAAAAGUUCAAGGCAGUGAAUGAGGCAACUUUUGCUUGCUUUACUGCUGUCAGCGAAAAGCACGGAGAGUUCCCCAUGGAGGAGAGCAUCGUACGUAAGAAUGCAAUUCAGCUAGCAUGA